GGGCCCUAUUUCCCCUUCAGCCCCAUUGCGCCGAGGAGCUCGUUCGCCCCGUCCUGCUCCAGCCGCGAGCUCGCUUCGCGCGCCUUGCACCGGAAAGGUUGGCGGAGGGAGACUCCCGGCCGUCUGUGCCUCGCUAACUUUCCACGGCGGCGGCGGACGGUCUUGCCCCGCGCUCCCGCCAUGCGGCCCUGGCUCCUGCUCGGGGUCCUGCUGCUGCACCAAACGCUGCAAGAUGUUAUUGGUCAACCUGCAAAGAACAAGCGUCAAAAGGAGCCAGGAGAGAAUAGGAUCAGACCUGCAAACAAAAAAGUAAAACCCAAAAUUCCUAAACUAAAGGAGAGAGAAUCAGAUGUUUCCCCAAAGAUCCAUUCCAUCAUGACACAGGUGAUGGAUAAGGGCCGCUUUCAGAAGCCUGCUGCUACUCUAAGCCUUUCUGCAGGACAGAGUUUAGAACUACGGUGUAAAGGAAAUAAAAUUGGAUGGAGCUAUCCUUCUUAUCAUGACACCUUUAAAAACUCCCGACUCAGCAUCAAGCAACUUGACAGAUAUGGUCAGCUGAUACUGAGAAAUUCCACUGCAGCAGACACUGGUGAAUACAGCUGUUGGCUACUGCUGUGUAAUGACUACAGUUGCAAGAAGGAUGAGUCAAAAACAGGCUCAACGUACAUCUUUUUUUCAGAUAAAGGGGAGCUCUUUGUUCCCUCCCCCAGCUAUUUUGAAGUGGUCUAUCUCAACCCAGAUAAACCGGCAGUAAUUCCUUGCCGAGUGACCAACCCAUCAGCAAAAGUUACUUUACAUCAGGAGUUUCCAGCAGAAGAAAUCAAAGCAGAUGGAACCAACCUUAUGUAUGACGUGAAGAAGGGCUUCAUCUAUCAGCACCCAACUUCUGAUAGCAGAGGAGUGGUUUAUUGCAGAGCUGACUCAUGGGGAGCUCCUCAGAUUUCCAUUAAAUACCAUUUGCUUUAUGUGGAAGUUCCUCGUGGCCCGCCUUCAACUACGAUCAAAGCAUCAUCCAAUAAUGUAGGAAGUGGUGAAGAUGUCAAUGUUCUGUGCACAGUUUUGGGGGAGCCAGAUGUAGAAGUGGAAUUUAAUUGGAGGUAUCCUGGACAAGAGCACGAAAGGCCUGUGGUUAUCCAAGACUCUUGGAGGCUGAUCGACAGAGGAAUUGGUCAUACCACAAGAAUCUCUGAGAGUGUUAUCACUAUUGAAGAUUUUGAGACCCUUGAUGCUGGAAACUACAUUUGCAUAGCUCAGAACCUUCGGGGACAGACCACGGUAGCUGCCUAUAUUGAGAUGACGACGACAUUCUGAGCUCUCGGGAUAGCAAACCAGAACAGGAAAUGGACUGGACUGCUGCUCGCUAGCGUGAAAGUCUGAACUGGAUCUAAGUAGGAACAAAUGUUAAUAUAUUCCAUUCCUGGCCCCCAGUUAAUUGAUUAUGAAAAGAACAGUGACUUGUUCAACAAUCCCUAAUUCAGAUCCCACCUUCUCCAUGAGCCUAGGGGUUCAGUGACCUUAGCCACCGAAGUCAUUAGCUUGCCCAGCCUCCUCCUGCCUGGGCUCAUGAUGGAAACACUGACUUAUCUUGCAUGGUCUGUUUGUUGUAAAGAUCGCUGAAAGAAGGAUAAGAAAGUCACUUUUAAAGAAACAAACAAUUUCUUAAAAAUUUCCCCAAUAAUCAUUCAUGAUGCUAAAGCUACAGCCUUAAAGCUGGAUAAAUUAACAGGAAAAGUAUACUGUAUUUUAGUUUGUUCUUUGCCUUCUUGUGCACACAGGAAAAGGAAAAGAUCAGUUGCAAUGUUCACUCACAAAAGGGUGUUUCUCUUGGAGGAUUGGAAUUUAACCCUUAUUUUACUCUAAGAUGUAUGUCCUUUCCCCCUCCCCCAGCAGAAUUAGUCAUUAGCAUAAAAUACUUUUGCUGUAGUUUCAACAGUAUGUGAAUUUUAAUAGGUUUCUUAGGUAUAUUCAGCUGCUGCAGCCACCAUCACAGCUGAUGUUGGUGUCUUAAGAACAUUACACGUUGAACAAAUAAAAUAUUUUGCAAGUUUAA